ACCUUCUUUCACCUCUUCUCACUUUUUGUGUGGAGUUACGAAAAUUUAAAAUAGUCUUAAGGAUCACCCUUUGAAUAAAGUAGGAGAUAAAUUAAUUUUCUUUUUUUUUACUCAGAUAAUGAAACUGCAGUUUAUACAUUAAUGCCAAUGGUUAUGGCUGAUCAACACAGGUCUGUUUCUGAACUACUAUCAAAUUCAAAGUUUGAUGUUAAUUAUGCAUUUGGACGAGUGAAAAGAAGCUUGCUUCACAUUGCAGCAAAUUGUGGAUCUGUGGAAUGCUUGGUUCUGCUGUUAAAGAAGGGAGCAAAUCCUAACUAUCAAGAUAUUUCAGGCUGUACACCACUUCAUUUGGCAGCUAGAAAUGGGCAGAAGAAAUGCAUGAGUAAAUUAUUAGAAUACAGUGCCGAUGUCAACAUUUGCAAUAAUGAAGGCCUUACAGCAAUACACUGGCUGGCUGUGAAUGGGCGGACAGAACUACUUCAUGACCUCGUACAGCACGUCAGUGACGUCGAUGUUGAGGACGCAAUGGGGCAGACAGCGCUGCAUGUGGCCUGCCAGAAUGGUCACAAGACGACAGUACAAUGCUUGCUAGACAGUGGUGCUGAUAUUAACAGGCCAAAUGUAUCAGGAGCCACUCCAUUGUACUUUGCUUGCAGUCAUGGUCAGAGAGACACAGCACAGAUUCUUCUAUUACGAGGAGCCAAAUAUCUGCCAGAUAAAAAUGGAGUAACCCCUCUGGAUUUAUGUGUACAGGGUGGAUAUGGAGAGACCUGUGAAGUAUUAAUUCAAUAUCACCCUAGGCUUUUCCAGACAAUUAUUCAAAUGACACAGAAUGAAGAUCUCCGAGAAAACAUGCUACGGCAAGUUCUAGAACAUUUGUCUCAGCAAAGUGAAAGCCAGUACCUAAAGAUUUUAACAAGUCUUGCUGAAGUUGCCACAACAAAUGGUCAUAAACUGCUUAGCCUGUCUAGUAAUUAUGAUGCUCAAAUGAAGAGCCUUUUAAGGAUUGUGAGGAUAUUUUGUCAUGUCUUUCGAAUUGGUCCAUCCUCUCCCAGUAAUGGAAUCGACAUGGGCUACAACGGGAAUAAAACACCAAGAAGCCAGGUGUUCAAGCCACUUGAAUUGCUUUGGCACUCAUUAGAUGAAUGGCUAGUUUUAAUAGCUACAGAACUGAUGAAAAACAAAAAGGACUCAACGGAUAUCACUUCUAUUUUACUAAAACAAAAAGGCCAAGAUCAAGAUGGUACUUCCAUGCCUCCAUUUGAACCUCCAGGACCUGGGAGCUAUGAAAAUCUAUCCACUGGCACCAGGGAAUCUAAACCAGAUGCUCUAGGAGGGAAACAGGAAGCCAGUGCAGACUGUCAGGAUGUUAUUUCUAUGACAGCUAACCGGCUAAGUGCUGUCAUUCAAGCUUUUUACAUGUGCUGUUCUUGUCAGAUGCCUCCAGGAAUGACUUCACCCCGUUUCAUUGAAUUUGUCUGCAAACAUGAUGAAGUCUUAAAAUGCUUUGUUAACAGGAAUCCCAAAAUUAUAUUUGACCACUUUCACUUCCUCCUCGAAUGCCCUGAAUUGAUGUCAAGAUUUAUGCAUAUCAUUAAAGCACAGCCAUUUAAAGAUCGCUGUGAAUGGUUCUAUGAACAUUUGCAUUCAGGACAAACCGAUUCAGACAUGGUGCACAGGCCAGUGAAUGAGAAUGACAUCCUGCUGGUUCACAGAGAUUCUAUUUUUAGGAGUAGCUGUGAAGUUGUCUCAAAAGCAAAUUGUGCAAAGCUAAAGCAAGGAAUUGCUGUACGAUUCCACGGAGAAGAAGGCAUGGGUCAAGGUGUUGUGCGUGAGUGGUUUGAUAUUCUGUCUAAUGAGAUAGUCAAUCCUGAUUAUGCAUUGUUUACCCAGUCAGCUGAUGGAACAACUUUUCAGCCUAACAGCAACUCCUAUGUAAAUCCUGAUCACCUGAACUAUUUCCGGUUUGCUGGACAGAUUUUGGGAUUAGCUUUGAACCAUAGGCAGCUGGUCAACAUUUAUUUCACAAGAUCAUUCUACAAGCACAUUCUUGGUAUUCCUGUAAAUUACCAAGAUGUUGCAUCUAUUGACCCAGAAUAUGCCAAAAAUUUGCAGUGGAUUUUAGAUAAUGAUAUUAGUGAUCUGGGUCUAGAACUAACUUUUUCUGUUGAGACUGAUGUAUUUGGAGCCAUGGAAGAAGUGCCUUUGAAACCUGGGGGUGGAAGUAUUCUGGUGACACAAAAUAACAAAGAGGAGUAUGUCCAGCUUGUUACUGAACUUCGAAUGACAAGAGCCAUUCAGCCUCAGAUCAAUGCUUUUCUACAGGGCUUUCAUAUGUUCAUCCCACCUUCCCUCAUACAGCUGUUUGAUGAGUUUGAGUUGGAACUACUGCUUUCUGGCAUGCCAGAAAUUGAUGUGAGUGAUUGGAUAAAAAAUACAGAAUACACAAGUGGCUAUGAAAGACAAGAUCCAGUUAUUCAGUGGUUCUGGGAAGUUGUGGAAGAUAUUACUCCAGAGGAGAGAGUUCUUCUGCUGCAGUUUGUUACUGGCAGUUCCAGGGUCCCACAUGGUGGAUUUGCUAAUAUCAUGGGUGGAAGUGGAUUGCAAAACUUUACAAUCGCUGCUGUGCCAUAUACUCCCAAUCUUUUGCCGACUUCAAGCACAUGCAUCAACAUGCUCAAGUUACCUGAAUACCCAAGUAAAGAAAUACUCAAGGACAGACUUCUUGUGGCGCUACAUUGCGGCAGCUAUGGUUACACUAUGGCCUAGUGAAGUCUGGGAAGCUCAUCUGAUGCACAGUUCAGAGUGGUAGCAGUAAUUUAGGAAACUGUCAACAGAAAAGCAACCUAAACGCAGCCCAUAGGCAGGGCCUAUGUUUAAAUUUCAUCAAGGAUCAGGUUUUCUCCCCCGCCCCCUUUUCCCUUUUAUGUUUUUUCCGUUUGUGAUACACUUAGAAAAUAUAAAAUCACAGUAAUCUUCAUUUUAUAGAAUGCUAAUUGAAAGUAGUAGAAACUGUCCUUAUUGAUAUUUCUUUAGUCUUAUCCAAGAUUGUGUUAAGGCAAGAUCUUGUUCUACAUUCCAUCUCUGCUCUGUAACUGUCUUGUCAGAGGAUGUCUUCUCUUUACUUUUUUGUAUAUUAAAAUAUUUAGGACAUCCAACCUGGUAUGUUCUAUUGCAUGUAAGGUGCCAUUUAUAUUUUGGAAAACUAUUGUAUAGAAUGGAUUGAGAUUGUGUAUAAAGCCACAAAUAUGUAUUUUCCCAUAUUGAAUCUAUAUUGCAAUGAUGUUUUUUAGCUUUUUAAUAUUUUACUAUAUAUGUAAAGUUCCAACCGAUGUGACUAACAAACAGCUGAUGAAAUGGUAUCUAAUUUAUAUAUUAAAGCUCACACUAUAUUGUAUGACUUAUUUGCAUUUUUCAGUGGUCAGUUUUCCAUAUCUAUUGUGGUCUCAAAGUUUUUCUCAUGCCUUACUUUAUAUCUUAGGUAAAACUAAAAUAAAAUAUUUUAUCAUAUUUUUUAUUUUAUCAGUGAGUUCUGAUGACACAUUUAAAGAAGUAAUUGGAUGUGGCAGAUUAUAAUUAAAUAGGUAAUUUUUUCUUAAAUUUGCUUUUUAUGAUUAAAAUGUUGAGUUCUAGUAAAAUAUGCCUAAUACAGAGCGUUAGUUUUUAAAUUUUAGAGUGAUCUAAUCAGUUUUUAGUUUGAAAAGACACACUUGAGACACAGCAUAUGUUUUCCAGGGAAGUAGGAACAUGAACAUAUUUAGAAAUGCUAAUGGAGGAGUUUGUAAUGUUUAGGACCUUGCAUCUGGAAACUAAAAGUAGACUAUCCAAAGGCAUAUCCAUGGGUAUGCAUAUCUGUGCAUGUUUUCUCCUAUGAGCAGCUGGUAUAUUUGCCACUGACAAAUAUAGACAAUGUAUGUGUCAAUACAGACAAAUAUAUAUUGUGUGUAUAUGUACAUAGACAUAUACAUUGAAAGCUUUGCUAAGUAUAAAGCUUCUCUGACGUGUU